GCAGCAAGGCUUUGCUUUCCGGGAAAGGUCCGCCGGCCCCUCGGCCCCUCAGCCUCCCUCCCUCCCUGCCUCCCUGGGCAGCAGCAGCAGCAGCAGCAGGAGCAGAAGGGCCGGGAGCUGGAGGAGGACCAUUGCCCCCUCGACCAGGCAGCGGCCCCCGGGGGCCCUUCCUAGCCCUCGACGGAGCCCCAGGAUGAGGCUCCCCUGCCCGCCCUGCCUUCUCCUCUCCUGCCUCUUGAUCGCAGUCGCCAUCUCUGAGGCCAGGACCUUUUUAUCUCAGCAUCAUGCCUCAGAGUUUCUGGUCCGAAAACGUCGAGCAAAUUCCUUUAUGGAAGAAAGUAAGAAGGGGAAUUUGGAACGGGAAUGUAUUGAAGAAUACUGCAAUAAAGAAGAAGCCAGGGAAAUAUUUGAAAAUAACCCUGAAACGGAUCAUUUCUAUCCCAUAUAUUUAGACUGCCUGGCUUCAUUCCGAACAGGAAUAUUCAGGGUGCCAUCACAGUCUUCAGAUUCUCCAGCUGACCUGCGGUCCUGUGUCAAAGUAAUAGCAAACCAGUGUAUUCCUCUGCCGUGCAAUGAAGAUGGUUAUAAAGAAUGCAAAGAUGGACAAGCCCAGUUCACAUGUAUCUGUAAACCUGGGUGGCAAGGAGUGAAAUGUGAAGAAGAUAUAAAUGAAUGUGAAGACCCAACAAACAGAAAUGGCGGGUGUAGUCAAAUUUGUCAUAAUUUUCCUGGAAGCUACCGUUGUUUUUGUGAAGAUGGUUAUUAUAUACAACCAAAUAAAAUGGACUGCAAGGACUUGAAUGAAUGCAUGUUAGACCAGAACAUUUGUGGGACAGCACAAUGCAAGAAUACUGCUGGAAAGUAUGAAUGUGAAUGUCCACCAGGCUAUUCCUACAAUUCAACUACAAAGAAAUGUGAAGAUGUGGAUGAAUGUGCUGAAAAUUUUUGUUCUCAGAUGUGUGUGAAUUCUCCAGGAAGCUACACCUGCUAUUGUGAUGGGAAAAAGGGCUACAAGGUGUCCAAGGAUAUGCGAACUUGUGAGACUGUACCAGAUUGUCUUGCUCUGAAUCUUGAAAAGAAUUAUGGACUGCUUUAUCUAGCAGAGCAAUUUAAAGGGAUCCCUGCUUUGUACUUAAGGUUUAGAUUGCCAGAAGUUACAAGAUUUUCUGCAGAAUUUGACUUUCGGACUUAUGAUAAUGAGGGUGUCAUUCUGUAUGCUGAAUCUACUAACAACACAGCAUGGUUUUUGCUUGCACUUCGUGAUGGAAAGAUUGAAAUUCAGUUCAAGAAUGAACUUGGAACCAAAGUGACAAGUGGUGGUAAAGCCAUUAAUGAUGGCCUGUGGCACAUGAUAUCUGUGGAAGAACUGGAACAUAGCAUCAGUGUAAAAAUAGCAAAAGAGGCAGUAAUGAACAUUAAUAGCCCAAGAAAUCUUUUUAAACCAUCCAAUGGCUUUCUGGAAACAAAGGUGUAUAUUGCAGGGCUACCUAGCAAAGUGGGCAAUGCUCUCAUAAAACCAAUUAAUCCCCGUCUGGAUGGAUGCAUUCGUGCCUGGAACUUGUUGAAUCAGGGCAAUUUUGGUGUAAAAGAUAUCAUUCAACAGAAACAAAGCAAACACUGUUUCAUAAGUGUUGGAAAAGGAUCUUAUUAUCCUGGCACUGGAGUAGCAGUAUUUCAUAUUAACUACAAUAACAGCCUAACCAAUAAAGAAGAUUGGUUAAUAAACAUAACCUUGGCCAUCCGUCCAUCCACAGGCACUGGUGUAAUGUUUGCCUUAGUUUCUGAUGAAAAAGUGCCUCUUGCAUUGUCAGUUGUAGACUCCAACUCAUCGAACUCACAGGAUAUCAUUGUGUCCAUUGAAAAUGCCAUUGUGGCCCACUUGGAGUCAAGCAGUUUGUGUACCUCAAAAACAGUGCUACUCGAACUCAAAAUAACCAGAGAGCUGCUUGAACUUACAGCUGAUUUGCAUUCAGAGAUCACCUACUCAGGACAACAUCUUUCAGCCCUUGAUCAAGCAAUGAAUGGAUCCAUUGAUACCUACUUAGGUGGCAUUCCUGAUGUUCCAGUUGAAGCAACUCCAGUAACAGUUUUUUAUAAUGGCUGCAUGGAGGUGAAAAUUAAUGAUAGGCAACUGGAUUUGGAUGAAGCCAUCUCCAAAAAGAGUGACAUUAGGUCACAUUCUUGCCCAUUGCUCAUGAAUGAAAUGCUGAGUUCUGAAGCCACUGAUCUCCUUUCUGUUCAUUAAUAUUUCAUAGGAAAAUCCUGAUUGUUUUGCCCAAAAUGGAUAAAGACACAGAGAUUGAUCUAAAACAUUUUCUAUUUUCUAAUUAUCUGUUCUGAGAACAAAUCACUUGCAUCCUUUUCCAAUAUAAAGGGACCAUAUGAGGAUUAAUAUUCUGUCAAAAUAGUGUCAUUCAUAACAUUUCACAAUUUUUAGUUGUAUAGUUUCCUUGUCAACAUUUAUACAUUUUAUGUUUUGUAUUUUAUUUACCUUGAAGAAUAAAAUCAGAAAACAUUUAUCUGAA